AGGGAAAAAAAAUGUAUUUACUUCCCUUUGUUCAGACGUUUCUUUAUUCUUCUUCUUCCCCAUCGAUCGUGUUCAGAAAUCAUAUUCAUUGCAACUCUUUCUCUCUCUCUCUCUGAGUUGGAUUCUUUUAUAACAUGUGGUGAUCCCUGUCCGGUCAGAGACGAGUUAGAAGCAAAGAAUAUUAAAAAAGAGAUGAUGAAAAUGAAUACAGGAACGACGCCGUCCCUCAGCGUCGGAGGCGGCGGAGUUAGCGGCAAUGAGUGGGAGUCCCGACCUGGAGGAAUGGUUGUGCAAAGGCGGACGGAUCAAACCUCCGAUGCGCCACGUGUCAUUCGCGUCCGGGUCAAAUACUUGUCGGUUUACCACGAGAUCAACAUCAACUCCCAAUCUAGCUUCGGAGAGUUGAAGAAGGUGUUGUCCGGUCAGACCGGACUUCACCACGAAGACAUGAAGAUUCUGUACAAAGACAAGGAGAGAGACUCGAAGAUGUUUCUUGAUCUAUGUGGAGUUAAAGAUCGGUCAAAGCUUGUUCUUAAAGAAGAUCCGAUGGCUCAGGAGAAACGUCUCCUCGAGAAGAGGAGAAACGCCGUCGUUGAAAAAGCUAUGAAAUCAAUCGCCGACAUUGGUCUCGAAGUCGACAGGCUCGCCGGACAGGUGUCGGCGUUUGAGACGGUGAUUAAUAAAGGAGGGAAGGUUGAAGAGAAGAGUCUUGUGAAUCUGAUUGAGAUGUUGAUGAAUCAAUUGCUGAGACUUGACGCCAUAACUGCUGAUGGAGAUGUGAAGCUAAAGAGGAAGAUGCAGGUGAAAAGAGUUCAGACGUACGUUGAAACACUUGAUGUCUUAAAAGUCAAAAACUCGACCAAAAAAGUCGACAUUAACAAGUCGGUCCGCCACAAACCGCAGACGCAAACGCACUAUCAGCAACGCGAUUUGUUAUCGUUUGUUGAUGAAGAGGAGGAGGAGCCUAGGAGGGACUCGGGCGCGUCCUCAUCAGGUACUCCGGCGGUUGUAACUAAUGAUUGGGAGAAAAUGUUUGACUCCACAUCGGCGGCUAAGGCGGUUGAACCGGUUAAACCGGUCCCUCCAAGAUUCAAAUGGGAGUUCUUCGAUUAAGCUAUAAACACUAUCAUACAUACACGAUAAAUAUGUGUUUUUUUCUCCGAUUUCUUGUGAUUUGUGAUUGAUCUUGGCAAAUUUUUUUUUUUGGGUUUGUUUAGAAUAUUUUUUGUUGGUCUUCCCUUGAAGUCAAUUCACAAAUAACAAGGGGAGUUUCAACAAAUAUAGUUUCAUCAUCAUCAUAAUCCCAUCAUUGUAAUACCUAAAGAUUUGGAUUUUCUUUACUAAUACAAUAAAAGUUUUUAUGAAAAUAUUGCUUAUAUA